UUUUAGGUUUACCAUUCGCGUGAACGUCCUUCAAAAUAUAUCUCGUUACUUUUACAUGACUAUACCUCAAAACCUUCUUCAUAAACGAGUCCUGUAUCCCUCUCUUGCCCCGCCCAAUGGAGGCGUGCUGUUCCCUGCGGGGUUGGUCGCUGGCGAAAUCCCUCCGCCUCCUACGACGCACCGCCGCCGCCGCAGACUCCGCCGGAGCUCCGGCGCCGAGGCGCCUGUCGACGGCGACGAUCUCCAUGGCGAAUUUUUCCGGCGCACGGAGGCGGAGGGCGUACGAAGGGCUGCUGUUGGACGCCGGUGGCACGCUGCUCCAGCUCGCGAGGCCCGUCGAGGAGACGUACGCUUCAAUCGGGCGCAAAUAUGGAUUGAGUGCAACGGAGAGCCAGAUAAAACAGGGAUUCAGAAGGGCUUUCGCCGCUCCGUGGCCGGAGAAGCUUCGUUACCAGGGCGACGGGCGGGCAUUCUGGCGUCUCGUUGUCGCCGAAGCGACAGGUUGCACUGAUAACGGCUAUUUCGAAGAAGUUUAUGAGCACUUUGCGCACGGUGAUGCUUGGUGCCUACCAGUUAGAGCUUAUGAGGCAAUGUAUGUUCUGAAAGAUGCUGGAGUGAAGCUAGCAGUUGUAUCUAAUUUUGAUACACGCUUACGUAAGCUAUUGAAAGACCUCAAUGUUGUGGAUCUGUUUGAUGCCAUUAUCAUAUCUUCAGAGGUUGGAUAUGAAAAGCCAGCUCCGGAGAUCUUCCAAACUGCGUUAGAAAAACUUGGUGCGGAGGCUGCCAAGGCAGUACAUGUUGGAGAUGACGAAAAGGUGGACAAGGCUGGUGCUAAUGCUAUUGGGAUAGAUUGCUGGUUGUGGGGAUCUGAUGUGAAAUCAUUUGAUGAGAUAGUAGAUCGCAUUCUUAUACAAGAUCCACAAUGAAUUGUGGGAGGUGCAGCAUAAGCUGCAACGUUUUGUAUACAUGAGGAAGAGAGAGAGAUUGAGAUACCUCUUUUUUUAAUUUUGAGAGGCAAUAAUUUGAGAUAACUAUUUUCUGUAUCUUUAAAAUACUUUCCUAAUUUUCCUCCUUGCGAAAAUUAUAAAAAAUGAUCAGCUUUACUAUUUUGUGCUA